UUACCUUAGCUUUCUUGGGAACAGGAACAAUGGUGGCCCUCUUGAAGCAUGUGGGAACAGCAGACUGGUAUAGGGAUUGAUUGAAUAUGUCCGUAAACACACCUGGUCUGCGCAUGCUCUGAGGGCGCGGCUGGGGAUGCCGUCUGGGCCUGCAGCCUUGCGAGGGUUAACACGUUUAAAUGUCUUACUCACCUCGGCUGCAGUGAAGGAGAGUCCGCAUGUUUUCGUUGCAGGCCGUGUCAGUGGCACUGUAUUGUCCUCAAAGCGGGCAAAAAAGUUAUUUAGUCUGCCUGGGAGCAAGACAUCCUGGUCCGUGACUGGGCUGGUUUUCUUCUUGUAGUCCGUGAUUGACUGUAGACCCUGCCACAUGCCUCUUGUGUCUGAGCCGUUGAAAUGAGAUUCUACUUUGUCUCUGUACUGACGCUUAGCUUGUUUGAUAGCCUUCCGGAGGGAAUAGCUGCACUGUUUGUAUUCGGUCAUGUUACCAGUCACCUUGCCCUGAUUAAAAGCAGUGGUUCGCGCUUUGUUUCACGCGAAUGCUGCCGUCAAUCCACGGUUUCUGGUUAGGGAAUGUUUUAAUCGUUGCUAUGGGAACGACAUCUUCAACGCACGUUCUAAUGAACUCGCACACCGAAUCAGCGUAUUCGUCAAUAUUGUUAUCUGACGCAAUACGAAACAUAUCCCAGUCCAUGUGAUGGAAGCAGUCUUGGAGUGUGGAGUCAGCUUGGUCGGACCAGCGUUGGACAGACCUAAGCGUGGGAGCUUCUUUUUUUAGUUUCUGUCUGUAGGCAGGGAUCAACAAAAUGGAGUUGUGGUCAGCUUUUCCGAAAGGGGGGCGGGGCAGGACCUUAUAUGCGUCGCGGAAGUUAGAGUAACAAUGAUCCAAGGUUUUUCCACCCCUGGUUGCGCAAUCGAUAUGCUGAUCAAAUUUAGGGAGUCUUGUUUUCAGAUUAGCCUUGUUAAAAUCCCCAGCUACAAUGAAUGCAGCCUCCGGAUAAAUGGAUUCCAGUUUGCAAAGAGUCAAAUAAAGUUAGUUCAGAGCCAUCGAUGUGUCUGCUUGGGGGGGGAUAUAUAUGGCUGUGAUUAUAAUCGAAGAGAAUUCUCUUGGUAGAUAAUGUGGUCGACAUUUGAUUGUGAGGAAUUCUAAAUCAGGUGAACAGAACGAUUUGAGUUCCUGUAUGUUUCUUUCAUCACACCAUGUCUCGUUAGCCAUAAGGCAUACGCCCCCGCCCCUCUUCUUACCAGAAAGGUGUUUGUUUCUGUCGGCGCGAUGCGUGGAGAAACCCGUUGGCUGCACCGCUUCGGAUAGCGUCUCUCCAGUGAGCCAUGUUUCCGUGAAGCAAAGAACGUUAGUCUCUGUCCCUCUGGAAUGCUACCCUUGCUCGGAUUUCAUCAACCUUGUUGUCAAGAGACUGGACAUUGGCGAGAAGAAUGCUAGGGAGUGGUGCACGAUGUGCCCGUCUCCGGAGUCUGACCAGAAGGCCACCUCGUUUCCCUCUUUUUCUGAGUCGUUUUUUUGGGUCGCUGCAUGGGAUCCAUUCCGUUGUCGUGUUUGAAAGGCAGAACACAGGAUCCGCGUCGCGAAAAUCAUAAUCUUGGUCGUACUGAUGGUGAGUUGACGCUGAUCUUAUAUUCAGUAGUUCUUCUCGACUGUAUGUAAUGAAACCUAAGAUGACCUGGGGUACUAAUGUAAGAAAUAACACGUAAAAAAACAAAAAACUGCAUAGUUUCCUAGGAACGCGAAGCGAGGCGGCCAUCUCUGUCGGCGCCGGAAGGGUGAGAGAUGUAUAUUGAGGAACCAUAAUUACUACUACUACUGGAUAAUUGAUAGGUACAGUAGUUAACUGAAGGGUUGUCCCAACUUGUUAAAAUGUUUAAAUCAUUAUAAUACUAAUAAUAAUAAUAGUUAUAGCAGUGUUCCUUAUCAGUCCAGUAUGUAUGCAGGUAUUUGUAUUUACAACCAGCAAUACCAAGCAAGGCCAGUAGGUGGUAAUGGUACUGUACACUGUAUGGGUGCAGGUUUCAUAAAUACAAUGAACAUGAUGCGAUCUCUUCUCAAAUAAUCUCCAUUGAGAACCAUCACAAAGUUGGUCUCCGCACUGAACGGACCUUUUUAUUUAACUUUUUCUGAUUCAUUUAUAUAGUCAUUAAAUAUGUCCCACUGGUUUGAGUCUAUUACAACAUCUUUACAAUAACAAAACACUCAGAAUAAGUUCAGUUCUAAAAGCAAAAUAACUACUUCAAUGAAAAACCUAGUUAUUGUUCAGUCAGUGUCUCAACUCUUCAAACAACAGCUAUUGACAAGUAUGUCACACAAAGUAUGCCAUUUUAAAUUAAAUAAAAUAAAUAAUUAGUAAGUGUACUGUCAUGUACUAAAAACUACUAAACAAAAUAACAAAUAUCAUACUAUACACCAGGGGUUCUCAAACAGGGUAGGUGGGUCCCUGGUGUUAUGUCAAGGGGUCCAUGAAAUAAAAAAGUGUAAUGAACGUAUUCAGCAGCACAAGGAUUCCACUAACUUUACAUAUAAUAUAGAGGGGGUGGAGGUCCCUGAGGAGGACCACUCAAAACCUUGCCUGCCUUUCCUCAAAAUAUGCAGGGGUUCCAGUACUCAAAAAAGGUUGAGACCCACUGCUAUACACACUACUGAACAAAACAACUGAACAUAUGUUUGAGGGUUUCAAUGGAUCCAACCAAUUGAUGGCAGAUAUUUUCCCUCAAGACUGUCCAGCCUGUCUUUAUGUACAUUACAGACAAAAUUCUGAUCAGCACCUCAACUUGGUCAACCAACCCCCACACCUGCACUGGAAGCCUCCUGAGGACCUCUGCUGCCUCUCCACUGCUGCUACAGGGGUAUUUCUUGCGAAAGAGAGGCAACUGCACUGAAAAAGAAUCUAUGUUCAGCUCAGGGUACUGAUCUAGAGACUCAUCCAACUCCUCCGUGAGAAGCACGCUUUCCAACUUUUGCAGAAUGUUUAGACUGUCCUGGUCAAAAUGGUGGCCAAACUGAACAUCCACACCAUCCAACACUUAAAACAAUUCUGCCCUAUAGUGAUCCACUGCUUUGCCAGCAAAUCGUCUUGAGUGUGUCUCAAUGGAUUCGAUCAAUGUUGUUGCUUUCUCAUACAGUGCAAGGUAGCUUUCGUCAUUUCCACACGCUGGAUAACUGGACAUUGAUUGGAUUUAGCUGGUGUGCUGUUACAGUUACACAGUGGUGGUGGGUUUGGCAGUUUUGAUGGGCUGUAAAUUUUACAAAGGCUUUUCUCCAGUUCCUAAAUCCUGCACUAAUGAAGGCAGCAUCCGCUCUUUGGCCAAAAGAUGGCUGGCUUGAAAACCCUUGGCUCCACUGAAAACACAAAACUCCUUUUAUUGAUUGAUUAUAAUGUAGCCAGGGGAAAUUGCAAAACCAUCUCUCUUGAAACGUCAACACUGUUGGCAAGAGUUUGCGGUUCUAUAAAUUGUGGGUGUGGCUGAUAUGGUUUUGUGCCAUCACUGAGGUAACUGGACAAUGCUGUGCCACUGUCCCCUAUACUGGUGCAGAUGGCAACAAGGUUGACACCUGGUCCUACCGUGGCUGUGCCACUGUCCCCUAUACUGGUGCUGCUGGCAACAAGAUUUACACCUGGUCCUGCCAUGGCUGUGACACUGUCCUCUGAAGUCUCUCCUUGGCCCUUUCACCACCCUCACUGCCUCACAGUCUAUCUCCUAGAAAUGAAAUAAGGUGUUUGCCGUACUCCUAACUACCGCUACCCAAAACUACACAAUUAAUCACAACAGCAAUACCAUUGCCUUAAACAAAUCUUAGUUCAGUCACCAGUUUAAGUUGAGAGUGGGGGUAUCCAUGGCAUUUUCCAAUUAUGUCCCUAUUUUACAAGUAAAAAAUCUAAAAAAUUGAGAACCUUUCAUAAUGUUGCCAAACAAAGACUCAACAAACUUACCUGAGACUCCCUGUCUUUGCCAGUCUGUCCCUGCCCAUCUGUCCCCAGCUCUGCUGUCUGUGUGCCCUCUGUUGCCUGAUCUGCCUAAUGACAUCAUGUUUACAGUGAUCUAUUGGGGGGGACAUAUCAUAUUUUUCCCAGGAUGGGGGGAUCGUGUCCCCCCCGUCCCCCCUGGGAUUUCCGCCUAUGGAAAGCCUGCAGCGUUGGAUGAGAGAAAGUCCAAAUCACCUACCAUCAAAGAGGAGAGGCGGGAAGAAGCCUGGGACAAUCAUAACAAACGAGAGAGACUGAGUACCGGAGCUUUAAAUCCCUGUGUUGGAGGAGAAAGGCAUUCCAACAUCGACACAGAGGCUGCUCAAUCAAUCAGCAAACAGGAGAACGCCAGCUCUUGUUUAUGGGUGAGUGGUGAAACAGACAACAGCCUCUUGCCAGAAUCAAAUGAAAAUAUGAGUGUGAACAAACGAUCUCAAACCCCAGCAUUGGAAGAUGGUGAUGGAAUACUUGACCAUGCAGGCUUUGAUUGUAUGAUGUUUGAGCCCCCCAGACAACUUGGGACCCUUAGCACCCAGGGUCCUGGGGCUGAUCUUCCUGAGUGCUCUUACUCUCAUGUGGAUGUUGUACCUCUUAAUUCUGAGUCAGAGAAUAGUUUUCCCUUUUCGAUGAACAAGGUGAGUCGCUCCAUAACUGAGCACAAACAACCUGUAGCUUACAGAGACAAUAGACAGAGGGUGCCGUUUCCCUCAGAUGAGCCUCACAUGACUGUGCGAAAAGGCAUGGAGACUGGAUCCAAUGCCUUGGUAAUGACUGAUGGUUGGGUCUCCCAUGACAGUCAUAAUAACGACGCUGUGAAUUACAACCAAGACGGCACAGCAGGUAACCGGUUCAUUUGUAGUUUCUGUGGUAAGACUUUGGCGUGUCUGAAGAACCUCAAGACACACCUUAGGGUUCACACCGGGGAGAAGCCGUUCAGCUGCAUGCAGUGCGGGAAGCGCUUCUCCGACUCCAGCAACCUCAAGCGACACCAGAGCGUACACACGGGGGAGAGACGCUACGGCUGCAGCCACUGCGGCAAGCGCUUCGCCCAGUCAGGCUCACUCAAAGUGCACCUUAGUAUACAUAAAGGAUGCAAGCAGUUCCGAUGCCCACAGUGUGAAAAGACUUUCAUAUCGGCCAAUCACCUCAAGAGACACAUCAGUGUCCACGAUGGAGAAGAAAGUAUUUUACCAACCACUUUUCAGUGAGUGAAAGCAUACCCAAACGUGCUCCAGCCCAGCUUGAACAAAAACAUGAACUGGGGGGCUCGACUGAAGGAGUUGAUCAUCCAAAAAGUAUUCCAUACACUUUUGAAUGAGUGUUUUUGUAACUCUUAUCAUUGAAGUUGUUUAUCACUCAUCCUCAGCCCACUGUGUGAAAAGUGGUUUGUGGACUCAAGUAAUCUCAUUCGUCACACCGGAUACUACAUACAGUGUGGGGAGAGGUUUGCUGCGAAGCACAUUCUUAGAAUUCACCUAGAGAGAAACUAUUCUGGUGCUCUAGUGCUGGAGAUUGUAUUGUCACUGAGUAUACCACGAACACCGUUAUUUGUGAAUAAUUCUACUUUUACAUUUUGACUGAACACAUUUUGUCUGUAUUAGGCUAUUUGCUAUUUACAGUUUAGGAGUAGUCAUAACAAAAGGAAUGGAAUUAAAACAAAAUAUUUUGUAUGUGUAUCUAAUAAUGUGUACCAUUUAUUAUUUCAAAAGUGCUGCAAGAAAUAUAUGAACAAUACAAAAAGUGAUUGUUACUACUAUUAUUAUUAUUAUUAGUAGUAGUAGUAAUAUAAAACAUACUACCUCUCUUUAGGAAAAACACUCCUCCAAGCCAACCAGUCUAGUAAAAUGAUAUCUCGCAAAGGCCCAUGUAUGACAUUUUGAAAUAUGAAUUAUCUUGCACACAUUAUUUUUGUAAACAUUUCCUCUGAAAAUGUGUUUUUGUGAAAUAAACAAUUGUAAGAAAAAGGCCAGUAUAUUGCUGACUUUUUUUUACUCAUCCAGUAGUAUGCAGAACCAGCCUCUCGUCAGCAACACUAAGUAAGCACUUCCGGGUCAUGAAAUAAAAAGUCCCCCACGUAAUAGUAGAAAAAUGUAAAUAACCUGUAUUUAGUCAUGGCAUAUGAAAAAUGAUUGUCUAAACAAUAAUAAUGAUUCAUUUUUGUUCAGAUUUAAGUGAGAUUUGCAUUAGUUGGGUUUUAAAACAUGUUCCAAGGUCAAAUAAAUAACACUUUUCUGUAUACAAAUAUUGCACUGCACAGGAAAAACUAUUGAUUGUGUGUUCAUAAAACCAGGGUCCAGUCUACUCACUAUAGUCCCGAGAAUACAAAGCAGAUGAGUUUGAACAAAAAGCUAGGUCAUAUGAAGUGUUGCUGGCUUUUAACUCUUCCUCCUCCAUAGCCGCCAUUUCAAUUUACUGAAUAUGGAAUACAUAUAUGGAAUACAUAUUAGACUGUAGAGAAUAAACUUUAUUACCUGUCUCAGCUUAAGUGAUGUGGAAAAUAGUCAGUAGGUUCUCUACUAACCAAAUAUGCACACACAAUCAUUUUUUUCUGUACAGGGCUGUAAUUUUUACUGUUCAGGCACCCCACUUUAGCUGUUUGACCACAGUAAAAGUCAAGCAACACUUCCAUUGACCUAGCUUUUUGUUCAAACUGUUUUGUAUACUAGGAAUUCAAGUGAGUAGACUGGACCAUGGUUUUAUGAACACACCAUCAAUUUUUCCCUGUGUAGUGCAAUUUGUUUGUGCAAUACAACAAAAAUACUGUAAGACUUUGCUUGAACAUUACUUUUCAAAAUGGCAUCCUUGAACAAUCACACCAGUAAAUUAACAGUAAUUAUACAAUAUAUUUUUUUAUUAUGUUUUAUUUUCUUACCAGUAGACUAGUAUGUUCCUUACAUGAAUUGACUUGAGCUCCAACCAUUUCUCAAUGUGCUCUAAUUUAUAGUAUUAUUUAUCGUAUAUGAAAUAGUAAUUCCCUUUAGUUUAGAUUUUUCCAUGAAGUUGGCUAUCAUUUUGUAACAGUUCCAGCAUUAUGCAAAUUACAAAAACAUCUUGAUUUCUUAUAAUACACAUAGCGUUUACAGUGGACUUAAGUUUUUUAUUUGGAUAGAUGCAGCUACAGUUGAAGUUAGACGUUUACAUACACUUAGGUUGGAGUCAUUAAAAAACUUGUUUUUUAACCACUCCACAAGAUUCUUGUUAACAAACUAUAGUUUUGGCAAGUCUGUUAGGACAUCUACUUUGUGCAUGACACAAAUAAUGUUUCCAACAAUUGUUUACAGACAGAUUAUUUCACUUAUAAUUCCAGUGGGUCAGAAGUUUACAUAGACUAAGUUGACUGUGCCUUUAAACAGCUUGGAAAAUUCCAGAAAAUGACUUCAUGGCUGAUAAGCUAAUUGACAUAAUUUGAGUCAAUUGAAAGUGUACCUGUGGAUGUAUUUCAGUGGUAAAAUCAAAAGAAAUCAGCCUAGACCUCAGUAAAAAAUAAAUAUGGACCUCCACAAGUCUGGUUCAUCCUUGGGAGCAAUUUCCAAACGCCUGAAGGUACCACGUUCAUCUGUACAAACAAUAGUACGCAAGUAUAAACACCAUGGGACCACGCAGCCGUCAUACCGCUCAGGAAAGAGACGCGUUCUGUCUUCUAGAGAUGAACGUACUUUGGUGCGAAAAGUGCAAAUCAAUCCCAGAACAAUAGCAAAGGGCCUUGUGACGAUGCUGGAGGAAACAGGUACAAAAGUAUCUAUAUCCACAGUAAAAACGAGUCCAAUAUCGACAUAACCUGAAAGGCCGCUCAGCAAAGAAGAAACCACUUCUCCAAAACCGCCGUAAAAAAGCCAGACUACGGUUUGCAACUGCACAUGGGGACAAAGAUCGUACUUUUUGGGGAAAUGUCCUCUGGCCUGAUGAAACAAAAAUGGAACUGUUUUGCCAUAAUGACCAUUGUUAUGUUUGGAGGAUAAAGGGGGAGGCUUGCAAGUUGAAGAACACCAUCCCAACCAUGAACCACGGGGGUGGCAGCAUCAUGUUUUGGGGGUGCUUUUCUGCAGGAGAGACUGGUGCACUUCACAAAAUAGAUUGCAUCAUGAGGUAGGACAAUUAUGUGGAUAUAUUGAAGCAACAUCUCAAGACAUCAGUCAGAAAGUUAAAGCUUGGUCGCAAAUGGGUCUUCCAAAUGUAAAAUGACCCCAAGCAUACUUCCAAAAUUGGCAGAAUUGAAAAAGCGUGUGCGAGCAAGGAGGCCUACAAACCUGACUCAGUUUCACCAGCUCUGUCAUGAGGAAUGGGCCAAAAUUCAUCCAACUUAUUGUGGGAAGCUUGUGGAAGGCUAACCAAAACGUUUGACCCAAGUUAAACAAUUUAAAGGCAAUGCUACCAAAUAGUAAUUGAGUGUAUGUAAACUUUUGACUGACUGGGAAUGUGAUGAAAGAAAUACAAGCUGAAAUAAAUCAUUCUCUCUACUGUUAUUCUGACAUUUUACAUUCUUAAAAUAAAGUGGUGAUCCUAGCUGACCUAAGACAGGGACUUUUUACUAAGAUUAAAUGUCAGGAAUUGUGAAAAACUGAGUUGAAAUGUAUUUGGCUAAGGUGUAAACUUCCGACUUCAACUGUACAUGUUGCUGAUAUAAUGGAAGUCCUGUGGGCAAUGUGUUGGAACAAGGUUUGGGAGCAUCCAAACAAAGAAAAUGAAGAUUCUGUAAAACAGUCUUGUGCUGUUAUGAAGGUAGAUGACUAAUAAUGUGACAAUGCAUAAUAUCUCUUGUCUGGGAAAUGUUUACUGCGGUUUUUGGCACCCUAGUUAAAUUGCAGUACUGGUAUCAUUGACUAGGACACGGACGAUUUACACUGAGGACGACCUGUUUUUUUAGUUUUUCUAAACCUUUCUUGCACUAUGAUUUUUUUUGGGCACCAUGUUCUAAUAAACAUCUUGAUUUUCUA